AUAAUAAUACCUUCAAUAGAGCGCGUUGAAAGCGCGAAAUUCCUCGGAGUAGAUUCUUCGCGAUCAUCUCGUGUCAUACGUUUGAGCCUAUUUUGUAAUUUAUUUGACGUAUAGACUGAUAAAUAAGGCACUGAUAACGCAUUGUAACGCACAUACACAUACAUAUAAAAUCAUUCGAGGAAACGUAAACACGUGCAUUAACAUUAUUCGAUGAGGCAAGAAUUAACCUACAAUUUAUGAGAGCUUAUAAUUUACUUUUAAACAGUCACUGUAAAAGUAUACUUAUUUUAUUUUAAAUAUCGAUAUCAAGAAUGGAUGAAAUUACAAUGGAUUUAUAUGAGAUGCUUGGUAUAGAGCCUCAAGCUCCACUUGCGGAGAUUAAAAAGGCGUAUCGUAAAAAAGCUUUAACUUGUCAUCCUGACAAAAAUCCUGAUAAUCCUAGAGCAGCAGAAUUAUUUCACGAACUUUCAAGGGCACUAGAAAUAUUAACAGAUACAAAAGCUAGAGAAGCAUAUGAUAAAGUUAUCGCUGCCAGAAAACAAGCAAAGGAACGUAUUAGAGAAUUUGAUGUCAAGAGGAAGAAAUAUAAGGAAGAGUUGGAGGCACGCGAGGAAGCUUAUAGGAGGACAUUAGAUCCUACAUAUAAUACCAAAUCUGACGAGGAACGAUUGAAAGCUGAAAUAGAAAGAUUACAAAAAGAAGGAUCCAAACAAGUUGAGGAAGAGAUAGCCUUUGUACAAAGACAAAUUUGGGAGCAGCUUCAUGGUUCUUCAAAGGAUUCAAAGUCUAACACAGGAGAUUUUAGAAUCAAAAUUAGAUGGAAGGUACAAGAAGGUGAUUCGACAAAUGGUGGCUACAACUAUGAUAAUCUAUAUAUCAUGUUUUCAAAAUAUGGAGAAGUAGCAGCUCUUGUUGUGUCAUCUGCAAAGAAAGGCAGAGCAAUGGUUGAAUUUGGAGAUAAAAGUGCAGCAGAGACAGCCCUUUUAGCAGAAAUUGGAUUGGCUGAAAAUCCACUAAUACUUCGUGGUCUAUGGGAUACACGAAAUCGUUCAAGUGCUACUACUACAAAUAGUACAAACGUUGGAAAACCAUCUCCUACAAAUACACAUAUAAAAAGUAAAAUAAGCUCAACUCUCAGCUUUUCUUCUGCACCUGAUAUAUUUGCGCAGCAAGCAAGGGUAUCAGAUGCAGAGUUUGAAAGUUCUGUAUUAUCUAAUUUAAGAAGAGCAGAGGAACGCAAACGGCUCUUAGAAGAAUUGAAGGCUCAAGAAGAAACUUAAUCUUAUUGUUAGUAUUAAAUCAUAGUUAAAUCCGCUCCAAUGUAUUUAUUUUUUCUAUGUGAGAAAUAUAUUAUAUCAAUAGUAAAAAUAUCUAAUAUUAAUGUUUGAUUUUACUAAGCUCAUCUGCUGUGAAACGCAGUACUGUUGAAAUAGCAUUUAACAUGUGCCGUUUACUGGAUACAUCAUUUGUUGUUAAGUAAUUUAUGAAUACAUUCUUCAAGUAUUCCAGAUUGGCACCUUCUCUCGACUUGCAUGCUUCCAGCCUGCAAUACAAAUUUUUUAAAAGUUGUAUUUAUAAGCA